AGUAUAUUCUAUAUUUAAAAAAAUGAUUAAGGUUAAAUGAGGCAUAAAUUCUAAGCCUAAUAAAUAUGUCCAAAGGUUUAUAUUGGACACCUAGUUAUGGAGAUUUAUCGCGUAAAUUGAAAGAAAUCGAUCCGUUUAUGCUAGAUAGGGGUGAAUCAGCUGCUGCAGAAAAUCGUUUUGUAUUUGAAUGUUCCUGGGAAGCCGCGAACAAGGUUGGAGGCAUUUAUACUGUUAUCAGAUCGAAAGCUGCUAUAACAUCUGAUGAAUUAGGUGAACAAUAUUGUCUAUUUGGGCCUUAUAAUGAACAACAAGUUAAUCAAGAAGUAGAAAGAAUGGAGCCUUCUCAUCCAGUUUUUAGAGACACUUUAAAAUCAAUGAGGGAUCAAGGUGUUAAGGUUGUUUUUGGAAGAUGGUUGAUUGAGGGAUAUCCCAAUAUCAUUCUAUUUGACAUAGGUAAUGCUUACCACAUGCUUCCCCAGUGGAAGGAAGAGUAUUGGAGGGUGGCGCGCAUUGGACUGCCCGUCUCAGGGGAUCAGGACGCUAACGACGCCCUCAUUUUUGGAUCACUGAUCACAUGGUUCGUGGGAGAGUUUAUCCACAGGUUCAAGCUUUCUCUAGAGGCUCAACGAGCUAAUAAUAAUGCGAUUACGGACACAAUGCCUAAAGUGGUUUGCCAUUUCCACGAAUGGAUGGCCGGAGUAGGUGCCGUCUUACUCAGGACCAGGAAUAUUCCUUGUGCCAUAGUUUUCACCACUCACGCCACACUACUUGGAAGGUAUAUGUGUGCUGGUAACGUAGAUUUUUACAACAAUCUCGCCAAUUUUAACCUCGACAAAGAAGCGGGUGAUAGGGGAAUUUAUCAUAGAUAUUGCAUGGAGCGAUCCGCGGUGCACUGUUCUCAUGUCUUCACUACGGUGAGCCAGAUCACGGCGGAUGAGGCUGAGCAUCUGUUGAAGCGCCGCCCCGACAUUGUGACCCCUAACGGCCUUAACGUCGUCAAAUUCAGUGCUUCCCACGAGUUCCAGAAUGCUCACGCGGUAAGUAAGGAAAGGCUUCAUGACUUUAUUCGUGGCCAUUUUUAUGGCCAUUACAACUUCGACCUUGAUAAGACGCUAUACUUUUUCAUCGCUGGAAGGUACGAAUUUAGUAACAAAGGAGCCGACAUUUUUUUGGAAGCUCUAGCCAGACUCAAUAGUUUUAUGCAAAAGUCUGGCACAGAUACUACGGUUAUAGCCUUUCUCAUUUUUCCAGCUCGAACUAACAAUUUUAACGUGGAAUCUCUCAGGGGGCAAGCUAUAGUUAAGCAACUCAAGGAAACAGUCAAUGAAAUACAGGACAAAGUGGGGAAAAGAAUCUUCGAAACUUGUUUAGCCGGUACAGUUCCGGCAAAUAAUCCUUUAACUCAGGACGAUUUCGUAAAAUUGAAGCGUUGCAUAUUUGCCGCCCAGCGAAAAACGCUUCCACCAGUAUGCACUCAUAAUAUGGUAGACGACGCGACGGACCCAGUUCUCAAUACUCUCAGGCGAAUCUGCUUGUUUAACCAAGAACAAGACAGAGUCAAAGUUAUUUUCCACCCAGAAUUCCUUUCUUCCACAAGCCCUCUCCUCCCUAUGGACUACGAUGAUUUCGUCCGCGGCUGUCAUCUUGGAGUUUUCCCUUCAUAUUACGAACCUUGGGGUUACACGCCGGCCGAAUGCACAGUUAUGAGUAUACCCUCCAUUACAACAAACCUUUCCGGGUUUGGCUGCUUCAUUCAAGAUAACGUCACGGAUCCCAUGAGUUAUGGUAUCUACAUAGUAGACAGGAGGUUUAAGAAUGCCGAAGAAUCUGUUCAACAACUGGCGCAAUACUUGCUUGAUUUUUCUUGCUUAACGCGUCGGCAAAGAAUAAUUCAGAGGAACAGAACGGAAAGACUCAGCGACUUGUUGGAUUGGAAGAAUUUGUACCUUUAUUAUAGGAGGGCCAGGUAUUUAGCUCUUUGCAAAGUUUUCCCCGAUAUGUACCAUGAAACAUCAGAAUCUCAGAGUCAGCCAAAUACGCCUAGUGGGCAUUUGAAACCUCAUAUAGGACUUUAUUAUCCCAGACCCUACUCAGUGGGACCUAGUCCGGCCGGUUCUAGAACCUCAUCUACAGUCGGUUCCUUAUCAGCAUCGGACUCCGAAGAUUCUGAUGAUUCGGAAGCAUCAGAAGAAAUUAUAGCUCAACAUACGUCUCAUGCUGAUGUAUUAAAACAGAUGCUUGAAGCGAAAACUGGCCCGGGAUUGAAUAAUAAAAAAUCGGAUAGUACUGGUGAAAUAUCCAACCCAUAUACCGGGUCCCAACCUGUUACAGAUGCUAUCGCUAAUUUGAUCCUAAAGGAGUCCCGUCAGAGAGACCGCAAAAUAGAGGACAGGCAAAUAAAAGACGAAAAGAAGGAUUUGGCACAAAUAUGAAUCAUUCAUGAACCUUUUUUAUUUGUACAUUGCCCCCUAUUUUUCAAUCGAAAAUUAUAAGCUUACUAAUAUUAAUGUAAGAAUUAUUCUGAUUAUUUUGAUAUUUUACCCUUUCUCAUCCAUCUAAUUUCAAAAAUCUCAUUCGCCAAAAAAUGCAAUAUUUACACAAUUUUUUUACCCCUUAAAAUUAGUGCAAAUAUUAAAUUUUAUCUUUGUAAAUUACUCGAUAUUUUUUAGAAAAAAUUUAUACCAUUUGGUAACCUUCCCCAAUCAUAAAACGACAUUUUGAAUAAUUAAAUUUGACAAUUAAGAUAUUAUUCUAUUUAUUUUUUUUGAUAUUUUAAACUCAACUUUUAAGGUGAUAGUUACAGAGGAUAUUUACUUUGUUUGAUAUAUAAACGUCAAUCACUUUUUAAAAAAACGAUGCAUUAUCUUUGUGAAAACUUGUAUGAUGUCGGAAAAUUUUUGGUUUAUGUGCUCUAAAUUAGACUAAAGCAAGAAAUGCGAAUGUCUCUCAUUUACUUGGUAUAAUUUUACAAGACGCGAAGUUAUGAAAAUUUAUUAAUUAUAUUCCCGCUAUCUUAAAUGUACUGUCAGUAUGAAAAAAGAGCAUUAUAGAUUUUUUUUUUUAAAAAAUCUGAAUAUUUUUUCUAAAUUUAUUUAAAUUUAAUAUAGUACAUAAUAUUUAUAUUUAUUGUAAUAUCAAUUUUUUAUUUUUCCCAGGUGCAAAAAAAUUAU